AGGCAAGGUACUCCGUAUUUAUAAAGAAAGAGGCAAAGUAGUGGACGCAAGAUACAAAGAUCAUAAAAUUUAAUAAAGUAGGCAAUCCUUUUCUUUUAUUGAUUGAUCUUCGUCUAUUCAUCAUCUUCUUCUAUCUCCAGCCCUCCCUUUACAGAUUUCAUCAUCUCUCAAAGCUCUGCAAUGUCAUUCAGAACUCCUAGAGUGGCAAGUGCAUCUCCCGGAGGCAUGGUGCUUACUGAUCACAGCAGAAACGCAUUUCUGGAGCUGCAAAGGAAGAAGGUGUAUCGUUAUGUGAUUUUCAAGAUCGAUGAGAAGAAAAAGGAAGUGGUGGUUGAGAAAACUGGCAACUCUGCUCAAACCUAUAGUGAUUUUAGUGAUUCUUUGCCACAAAAUGAUUGCAGAUAUGCUGUAUAUGACUUUGACUUUGUCACAGCUGAGAAUUGUCAAAAGAGCAAGAUUUUCUUCAUUGCAUGGUCCAUCACUUUCUUGAUCAUCUCCAUACCUAUCUAUGAUAUUGUUAAUAAGAUAUGAUAUAGAAUGAUUAGCUUCUCCUGCCCCUAUUAGUCACUAGUCUGUCUUUACUAUGAUUUAAUAAUUCAUCCCCCUCUAGGCACUUGAGGCAAACUCAACCUCAAGCUUAUGAUUUGGAAUCAUUCAAGAUCUUAUAUUGCCUGCGUUUGGAUAUCGGCGGUUCAGCCAAAACACCAUUAAUUAUACACAUGAAGCGCUGCUAAGUGCAGCGUUUGACGGAGAAAACGCUGAAAAGCAAACACUAAUUGGAGAAAAUGCAUCUUCUAUGUCAGUUUAUACUACUGAUUAGCCUCAUGUUUUUAGUACUGUUUCUUGGUAGGUCUCCUCAAACAUCUGGAAUUCGUGCAAGAAUGCUUUACGCGAUGUGCAAAGAUAGGUUCAAAAGAGAGCUUGAUGGUUUCCAUUACGAGAUUCAGGCUACUGAUCCAACUGAAAUGGACCUUGAGGUGCUAAGGGAACGAGCACGAUGAGGCGUCCGUGGAGAAGCUAGUAAUAUUAGUAUUAAACUGGUUAGAGGUUGAAGAAUUUAAACUAAAGGCCAGACCUACAUAUGUCAACAUGUUACUUUUAUGGGUUAUAAAUAUGGCAAAUUCUAAAGUACCUUAAAGGUACAUACCUUGACUACGUGGACCAAUCAGAAUAUUGUAAUUGAAUGUACCGAGACCCCCUCCUAAUUUCCAUGUUUUCAUAUAUUAUGCUUCAAAGUUGCUUGUUAUAAAAGAGAAGCCAGUGUGCUUUUUCAUUGAUUCUGUGAUUUCUGUCAUACUAGUGGUGAUACAGGUAGACCGUAGACGAAGGUAUAUAAACAUAUAGUUGCAUCUCUUCUACAUUGCAAAUAGAAUGAAAUUUAUAUGAAUAAGAUACUUUUGUAUGAAUAAAUUUGACCUCAACAAAUUAUAUUUCAUCCAUUUGAUACU